GAUGGAAAGCCAAUGGGAUGCGAGCGCUGUGUCACAUGUCGCGUCUGUCAAAUCGGAGCGUAGCUCGGUACCCUCAGUUAGAUUGAUUCUUCCAGGGACAGCUGUUGAGAGAAACGUUUAACACGUCUCGCCAAAUAUUGUGAGUGUUUUUAUCAUUUUGGAGACAUACUUUUAAUUGUCAGUUCGCCUAUGGCACAACACAAACUUCGUCAGUCGGUAGUCAGUUUUUAAAGGGGAUGAAACGACUCAAGAGAAAGAAACAAAACACAGGAGCUGGAGUGAAUGGGAAUGGAGCUGUCACAAGAGAACCAGACUGUGGAAGGAAACAGAAGUUGGCUGAGAUCCAUCAGGCAUUGAUCAGUGAUCCAGUGGACAUUGAGACCCUGAGGAGAGCAGCAGCCAGUAAGGGAGGACUGCUUACUGAUGAACUGAGGAGGAAAGUCUGGCCGAAAUUGCUGAGCAUCAAUGUGUUUGAGCUCCCACAUAAACCUGGUCGAGAUGUGAGGAAAAACCACAAGGAUUACAACCAAGUAGUCCUGGAUGUCAGGAGGUCUAUGAAGCGGUUCCCCAAAGGAAUGCCAGCCGCAGAGAGGGCCGUGCUUCAGGAGCAGCUGAUUGACAUCAUACUGGAGGUUUUGAAAGGCAACCCACAGCUCCAUUACUACCAAGGCUACCAUGAUGUGGCUGUCUCCCUGCUGCUGGUGGUCGGGGAGCGGAUGGCCAUCGCCAUGUUGGACACGCUGUCCAAUUUCCAUCUCAGGGAUUUCAUGGAUCCGACCAUGGACCGCACUAAACAUAUUUUAAACUACCUGAUGCCUAUUUUGGAACAGGUUGACACGGAACUGCAUGACUUCAUGAUCAGAGCGGAGGUAGGAACAAUCUUUGCACUCUCCUGGCUCAUCACAUGGUUUGGCCACGUGCUGUCAGAGUUCAAACACACCCUGAGACUCUACGACUUCUUCCUGGCUUCACACCCACUGAUGCCCAUCUACCUCGCUGCCACGAUUGUGUUGCACAGAGAGAAGGAGGUCAAGCAGACCGAGUGUGACAUGGCCAUGGUCCACCACCUCCUCUCCCGCAUCCCGCAGGAUCUUCCAUACGAACUCCUGAUUGGGCAGGCUCAGGACCUGUUCGACCAGUAUCCUCCAUCGUUACUUGCCAAGCGGGCAGCACUGCAGUCUCGCAAGAGUUUGUCCAUCAGCACCUUCCAGGCCUUUCAGCGCUCCACCCUCCACCAGAGGCCUGACUCUGUUCUCCAACGCCUCACCAAGGCCCAUGGCUCCGACACCUCCAGACAUGGUCUGGAAGCAGCUUUGCCCCGGGACCGAGGCCAGCUGUGGGGGAGGGGGAACAGGAUGGUGAAGAUGGCGGUGUGGGGGCUGUCCGCUACACUUGGGGCGGCCGUGUUCGCUGUGGCUCAGACGGCCAUGGACUGGGGACCUGAGGUGUUACUACAACUAUUCUGAUGCGGCGGUGGGGAUUUUAGACUGUUAUAUGCUCACAUUGGUGACAGCAGACACACAUCUGCUCUUCAGAUGGAUUUAACUAUAUCAAACUAUAUCAAACAUACAUAUACAAAGAUGGUGAAGACUUGCAAGUCCUCUCUCCUGCUGCAACAUUGGAGUCAAGCUGUUGGAGGUCGGUUAUCUUGGUGCCAAACAGGUUGUUGCUACUCAACCACAAUGAACAUAUGUGAACUGCUAGUAAGCCUCAGGACGUGAGUGCGUAUGUGUGCACACACGCGAGUCUGUGUUGUUGUAUGUUUCUGAGCGAGUAUCCCAGACCUCAUACCACAUGUGAACAUGGAUGUAUAUUUGAAAAGGUCCACUGUCAUUUGAUUGACUCUUCAAAAACAAGACUUGGGCCACUGGGCCAGAGCCUCUGUGUGAAGUGACUGACAGCAAUUCUUUUUGAAAAGUCAAGUCAAUCAAAUGACCACAAAAGGAAAAAAGACCCCAGUAAUGAUGCAAAAAGACUGGAAAGAGACACCAAAUGUCCAAAGAGAAAUACAGAAUGACUAUAAGAAGAUGCAAAAUGUCGACAUUUGACAUAAAUGACAUAAUACAACGACAUGCAAAGUGACAGUGAGGACAGAGGACACAGAAUGACCACAUAUGACUACAUAAGACUCAAGACAACCCCAAAGAGAUUCAAGACAGGGCAAGUGACUACACAAAAGAGAAGCUGACUCUAAAUGACACAAAAUGACUAAAACAACUACACAGAGACACAAAACAACUACAAAGACACGUAAAGCAACUACAAUAGAAAGAGCCAAAACAGCUACAAAUAAAGAAAAAUGGCUAUGAAAUAGCAAUGUGACCUCAAUAAGAGACAAAACUAACACAAAGAGACAUAAAACGACCCCAAAGAGACGCAAAGUGACCACAAAGAGAUACAAAUCUACCAACAAGACAAGUAAAAUGACCAUAAAGAGAUGCAAAAUGACUACAAAGAGGCACAACAUGACUAUAAAGGGCAGAAGAAACCAGAUAGCCAAUAAAAAUGACCACAAAGAGAUGUGGAUGCAUCGUUUGGAGUCAUUUUGUAUCUCUUUCAGUCCAGGGCUCUUGCUGUUAUGUAGGCGGGGUGAGGGGGCCCUCACAUGUUUGUGCCUGGGGGUCCAUCGUCUCAUAAUCCAUCCAUGCAUGUGAGACACUAACACAUUCUGCUUAUUUCAGGCUGUUGCUCUCACGUCACCAUCGGUGUAACAAUUUACAUGUGUUUCCUGUUAGCUGAUCAUUUUGCUGAUAACUGUUUUAGACCGUCACGCUCGUUUAGUUGCAUUUCUCUUGAUGGUUGAUUUUAAUGCGCUUGUUGGAUCAGCAGCCAUAUCCGAGAGCCAAAAGUGCCCGUAGCCAGCAAUGAUGACACAUGAAUACAAAUUAUUAAAGAGCGGUGUUUUCUGCUGAAAGCUUCCAGUUCUGGGCAAAGAAGGAGAGCGGCAGAGACACGUGGAAGAUGGAGGGGGAGAUUUAGCCUGCGAGCCACUGGUAUUAAUUGCUUUACUCCUGGUGUCGGGCGAGGUACAUUUACUGUAGUGUCUGGCGCACACAGCGAGCAUUUUCCGCCCCCAAAAUAUAAACAUUACACACAGUUAACAAGCAGCAUUCAGUACAAGCAGAGGUCUUUUUCGGAUGCAUUUUGCGGGGGGGGGGGGGGGGUAUUUAAUUGAAAUACAUAUUUUUUUAAUACGUUAUUUUUUUUUUUUCAUGGUUUCUUGAGCUGUUUUCCUCUGGCUGUUGUGGCCCACCACUGCUGAAUGAGUACAGGGAAGACACCAGUACUUUUACGGUCUUAAAAUAUUUAGUAGGAUUGCGCCAACAUCCACCCUGAACAGCCGUCAACAGAACUACAGAAUAUGUUCUUCCUCAACAUCAUCUUUUUUUAUUUUUUAUUUUAUUUUUUUUACUGCCAAUUCACUUAAAAAAAAAAGAAUUUUAGUGCCAGGGAUGGGUUAUUUUAACAUAUGUCAUGAAGGAAAGUGUUUUUAGCAGAAGAAAUAAACUACCUGCAUCUUCUUACACACUUUUAUGUAUCAUUGGACCGUAAAUGAAAUCAGUUUUAUAAGCUGGAAAGUGAAUAUUAAUAAUACAGGCUGCUUCCACCUGAGGUACACAUGUACAGGCCAUGGGGGUUGCUCCAAACAGAAGUGCAUGCUCAGGUUGUUGACUCAUAUUCUGAAACAUUUAUUAGCUUUUACAAGCAUGUAGCCAGGCCGCUGCAUAUGUUAACACAACUUCACUGGAGUCACAACUCUCUCCUCCUCCUCCUCCUCCUCCUUCUCUUCCUCCUCUUCCUGCAUGGUCAGAUCUAUAGUGAAUGCACACUGUUGAUUUGAGUGAAUUCAACAGGUAUACGCUGGUGUAAAGUCACGUUUUAUAGCCUCAGGGUGCUCUGAGAAGAGAGAUCACGGAGCCGGUGAAUCAAUCCGUCACUCCAUGCGGUAGUUAGUUGCGGGCACUCUUCAAAAACAUGACGAUUGCCAUUAUAUUGAUUGGCGAUAAUCAGUCAGUCAAUAAACCAGUUAAUGGCCUGUAACUCAGGUAGUCAGCUGGACUGCAAGCCAAUUAGGAUUUAGACACUCAGACGGUCAGUAAGCUGUGCUGGUUGUUUGAAAACCCCCCAAAGUUGUAAAAUCAUGUUAAACAUCACAUCACAUGCAUUAAAUGUGUGUUUGUGCUUAUGUGUGUGGGCGUGUGUGUGAGAGAGAAGCUUUAAAAACAGGUCAGCGUCCUUCUAUUGUCUUGGUACUUUUGUUUUUUUUUUUAUUUAUUUUUGUCUCAGUGCACAUGGUGUCUCACUAUAAACUGUCAACACUCAUUAUUUAUUUUAACAGCAACAAUCUGAUUGGGUAUUUAUUCAGCGGUUUAAUCGGUUUGUUUGAAAGUGUAUUUAAAAUGAACACGUGGGACAAUAAAAAAAUGACUGCUAUGUUUUAGGGUUUAUAUUUUUUAACGGUGAUCCAGUGAAUAUAUCUGUGUUCCGGUCAGUAAUUUAUGAACAUACAUACAUUUAUGAUAUUUUGGGAAAUAUUUGCAAUAGCUUUCGCACUGUGAAUAAGAUGCUACCGCUAGCAGCUGGUUAGCUUGACUAAGCAUAAAGAAUGUGAAAAGGAGGAAACGGCUAAUCUGGCUUUCUCUGAAUGCAACAAAAUCAACGUAACUGCAUCCAAAGGUAUUUAAUUAGCAUGUUGGGCUUUAUCCUGUUUUUGUAAGCCAUUAUAAAACCCUAAAUGGAAAAACGAUAAGUAGUUUAUAGUUUACACGGUACGUAACUAAGAGGCCGAUAACACCAAGACCUGACACUACAUACGUGGCUUCUGUCGUACGGUGUGCUAGGUUUUGGAGGUUGUUCAGCUCAAGGCAGAGAGUCGCUUUUCCAUUAAAGCUGCUGUCAAUGUAAUUUCCUUUAGUAAAAUAAAUGUUAAAUGGCUCCAUAUUCCAACAGUAAUCACUGUAUUAGAGUGUUUUGUCAGUAACCCACGUCUCUUCUCCUCCCACUCAAUGCUGUAAAAGAGAAAAGACAUUUUCUGGUAGCCGCACUUUAUCCAAUCAGGACAGAGAACUCUAUAAGGAGGCGGACCUGUCUGUCAUGAACAUGCAGAGCGCAUGAUGGGCCCGUUUACUGGCAAUAGCAGAACAGUGAAAACUGCCAAGUGUAAGCAAGUGACAGCUUACACCAGCAAACAGGCCAAGCAAAGAAAAGCAAUUGAAGAAAAGAAAGAGGAAGGGGACGGCUAACUGAAAAACAGACAGGAAGUUAACUAAGAUGACAACAAGACUUACAGCGGCUUUUAAGAAAUGUGAAAGCCAGUUGCGCAGAGUCCCACUCCACCAGUGUUUUGUACAAAACAUGCUUCUCCCGAGGUGUUUUUAAAGCAGCCGUGCCUGUAGUGACGAUUCUCUGUGUGAUCGGAGCCAGUAGAGACUUAAGGAAGUUGGCGUGCGUGGCAUGAAUCAGUGCGGGUGAAGUGGUAUCGAUUUUUUCAUCUAACUCUCACCGGGAAAGCCGUCAGUGUUGGCUUACGCGAGCUCACCUGUUGGAUGAGAAUGAUAAACAAAUGACUUAGCAAAGGGAACAUUUGCCGUAGCUUGGUUGGCAUUGAUGUGCAUUGUGAUGAUUGUAAACGUGCAUCUAUGAUUUUUUUUUUAGAUACAGGUGAUUAAUAUAAAAACUGUUUUCAUUCUUUUUUUUUUUUCAAAGAAGCAGCUUUUGCAUGUAAUCUUUUUAAAUAAACAGGAAAAAUACCCUUUGACCAGGGUUUGUGAUCUUCAAACAUAAUUCAAGAUGGUACUAUGCUGUUGUAUAAUCAUGUCCGCACACACACACACACACACACACACACACGGAGAGGGUGGUGGUGGUGGUGGUGCCAGAUCAUAAUGAGGAUUUAAUUCCUGCCCCUGGCUCUUGGCGUGCAUAAGAUAUUUUCUCCUUGACUUUUUUUUUUCCCCCCUCCUCACACUCACACUCACACUCAAACACCUACAUGAGCACCUGUACUGGUCUCAGGCUGGCAGAAGCCUCGGAUGAAAAAAUGAUUGAAGCGUCUCACCUUGUGUAAGUGAAAGCAGCCAAGAUGUGAAAGAAAGAAGAUAGAUCAUCUGAAGUUCUGAUCUUCAGAGUAACUUUCUCCAAAUUUCGGGCCAAAAAAAGUCAUGAAAAACAUCUUCUUAACUAUCGUUUCAGGAGUAAACUAGAAAGUAGAAGAAGCAUUAUAUAAUUUGACCGUAGUGUAACAUGUGCUUUUAUUAAUUAGCUCUGCUGAUGAUAUUUAACAUUUAUCAAUGCUUUCAGUUGCGUUUUAUCAUCAUUUUGUCUCACUUUAUAUCAGGUCACAUCUGCAAGGACUUUUAAAGCUAUUUUGCACUCCACCUACUAUCCAUUCUGUUGAAUGUAUCUGCCAAAGAAACGAGCAAAGUCCCAUAGAUGAUUCACUCCCAAGAAGUUUUAAUAGUUUGACCAGAUCGGAUCAGUUGAUUAUGAAACAAGUGAUGCAUCUUUUUCCAAACUCAGAAAUUUGGAAACAAAUGCUCAUUAAGCUGCCGCUGAAUGAAAACCAACUAAUAGAUUAAUAUAAAGAUACAAAAUGAAUGAUUUUUCAAAUUAGGCGGAUGUAAUUUGACUGAUUGUCGUUUGGUUUUCAUCUGAGCUCACUGUGGUGUGAUGAAGAGCCUGAAUUUGAACUCCCUGUGAGCUCCCUGUCCUCCCCGCAGAUCCCAAAAAGUCUCCCCAAAGACUCGAUCACACCAAAUGCUUUUGCUGAUGAUAAUGCAAGCCCUUAAUUUCAGUGUAUGUAUGAUUUCUGUUUGGAUUUGAAUGCAUGUUUCUCAUAUCAUGGUCACAAACUGUAUCCUUGAACUUACCGGGUUAUUUGCACCUUGUACUCAUAAGUAUUUGAGAUGAAGCUGUUUUUGUCAAUGAAGUAAAAUUGUUAAUAAAGGAUAAUGAACACUUUU